GGCCAGAAAUUGAAAACGUGAAGUUCAAAACUCCUCUCUCUCUCUCUCUCUCUCUCUCUCUCUCUGGCCAUGGCUUCUACUUCUUCUUCUUCUUUCACUCUUCAAGCCCUACGAGCCCCUCUCCUUCACAAAUCCCACUUUCUCGGCCAAACCCACGUCUCCCCAAAUGGCAGUGUCGCCUCGCCUUCACCAAUUCGCCGGAGCACUCUCAAAACAACCGCGAAAUUCAACCUCUACGAGAUCAUGGGAGGCCGAGGUCUAUGCAAUGGCGAACAAGGCAUCCAACAAGAGCUCCAAAAGACCGUCGUCGAAGAAACCCCAUCAGCCGAAUCUACGUCACCUUCUCCGCCGCCGCUGCCGUCGCCGUUAAUCGCAGGAGAAGACGCAUUCGAGAAGGAGUUGCUGGGCCUGACCGGCGGAUUCCCCGGCGGCGAGAAGGGCCUCGAGAAAUUCAUCCAAGAAAACCCGCCGCCGGAGAAGAAGAGAUCCUCGGAAUCAGCGGCGGGAUUCUUGAUGGCCGGCGAGAAGCCGAGGCCGCCGCAGCUGCCGCUGCUGAUGCCGGGGAUGAUCGCGAUUGUGAAGAAUCCGAACAACCCAUACUACAUGUACUGCGGGAUUGUGCAGAGAAUUACGGAUGGGAAGGCCGGCGUGCUGUUUGAGGGAGGGAAUUGGGAUCGAUUGAUUAGCUUCAGGCUUGAGGAGCUGGAGCGGCGGGAGAAGGGGCCUCCAAUGGUGAACCCUAGAUCUGCUGUCCUGGAAGCAGCUUUGCCUGAAGAAAAGUGAUCAGGAAGAAUCGUUGUCGUCUAGUUUAGCGUUCUGGUUUUUGCCUUGUUUUAGAACUUUCUUCUCGCCGCCCAUGUCGAUGGUUUCCGCACAAUGACUCCUUGUUUGUAUAUAUAUAUGUGUGUGUUGUUGAAGGGAUUUGAGGCUUUUGUAUGUAUGGCUGGCUGGCUGGCUGCUCUGUGCUAACUGUGAGGAAGGAAGGAAGGAAAUGAAGGAAUCGGUAUAAUGAUUCAAUUUA